ACUUUCACCUUUACGUCGAUGUUUAUCGAAAAUUUUUUCCAAUAACUUGAAUCUGUCACAACAAAUAUACAUGAAUUUAUGGGCUUGCAUCUGUUCCACACUGCACAGUCUUUCACCGGUGGCUUCCGAACCGAAAUUGUGCGGCAUCGCCUUGAUCGCUGUCGGCGUUGGAACCCUGUUGAAGUAUGAAGAUGUUUUGGAUGCAUUUAAAGAUAUAAAUGUCAAUGUGGCGCCAAUCGGGUUCAUUGUUAUUGGCUCAGCUAUAUUUUUAAUAGCGUUCUUUGGAUGCUGUGGCGCCAUAUUCGAGUCCGAAUGCAUGAUUCUAACGUAUGCGGUGCUCCUCUUCCUCUUGCUAGUCGCUCAAAUUGUCGUCGGCGUUUUGGUGUUUACGAACAAACGCGAGGUACAACGCGUCUCCGAAAGAAUAUUGAACAACUUAUGGCGAGACAGACAAAAUCAUCGCGCAUUCUGGGACACCAUCCAACAAGGACUCAAAUGCUGCGGUUUGCAUUCGGCUACCGAAUGGAUUCCAAAUACACCACCAUCUUGCUGUGAGACUAACGCCAUUGAAUGCGUUGCUCUGGUGAAUGCAUAUGGUCAGGGAUGCUCAGCAUCGCUUCACGAAUUGAUUACCGAUGGAUCGACAAUCUUUGGUAGCACUGCUAUUGCUGUAGCAGCCGUUGAGCUGGUCGGCUUCAUCUUUGCCUGCUGUCUAAGCAAUCACAUUCGUAACUACAAAAGAAGAUAUAUGUAAUAAGUCAAAUUAUGUAAAAAUAAUUGAAGAUCAACGCAAACGAAUUAUUACAAGAUAAAAACACACACACAUACAAGCUGAAAUUACAGACAAACGAAUAUGUUUCACAAAUGAAACAAAACAAAAAACAUUGAAAUGAAACUCUUUGCGCAAAACUCAAUGAAACACAAAUACACACAUAGACACACAAACAGUAAUAACAGUAAUAAAUAUUACAUUUAAAGAAGAAGAAAAAAAAAUCAAGUAUAUCUCCAAUACUGUGUAGUUUAUAAAUGAGAAUUUUGUUAUGCACAACAACAACGUUAGCGCAACGCAACACAACAUUUGUGCUGAACAAAUGAGUUCAGGAAUAAGAAAUAAUAGAAGCAACCAGAGGAUUUGUAAUGUGAUGUCAUGUAUCCAAUGUGUUCACAUCUAAAACAAAAAGAAAAUAAAAAUCAAGUUUGUAAAUCUCUUUUAAACGUACCAAAUGCAUCAAUAGAAUUAUUUGGAAACUAGUGACCAUAAAUAUUGAAAACAAACAACAACAAAAAAAUGGAAAAAAAAAAUUGAAGAAAGGAAAAAAGAACUCCAUGACAAGCCGUAAACACCGUACACACAUCAUACAUCCAUCUGCGGCGAUGUUAUCGUUUUUUUCCUCCUCCCCCCCAUUAACAAAAAUUUGGUAGAGAAACAUUUGAAUUAGCCAACGACACAACGUAGUUUUAAAACUGGUUCUAAUCUUCAAUAAUAAAAAAAAAUGAACUUUCAACCAUAAGUUUUUAACAAUGUUUGUUUCAACAACAACAACAACAACAGCAACAUAUAAGUUCUGAAUAUGACAAAACGAAAAUAUUGACUAGAAGAAAAAAAAAACAAAACAAAUUGGUUAUCAAGUCUGAGUUUCUCCAAGAAGCCAACUUUUGAAUUAGUUAUGAAAAUUAUUUUUGCACCUGCAUUUCUAUUUUUCUUAUUAUUUUUUUUUUUUUUUAUCGAGAUGAAUAAAACAAAAGAUGAUGAUGAAGAUGAAAAAAAAAAUCAAGGGAAAAAUUCGAAAUUCCAUUUUUUUAUACGCAUUCGAAAAUUUACUUUGUCCAAAUUUGGUUCUUUUUUUUCUUCAUUGAAUUAGCAACAAGAAAGAAGGAACAAAUUUUUUUUCUCUGUCUCGAAACAACAACUGUAAUGACCAUUAUCAUAUAAUCUCAAUACAAAUUCGUUACACAUAGUGCUUUUUCGUUUGUUUUUCUCUCGAAUUUAUUGAGUGUUUUUAUGACAUAGAUAUAUUUACAUUUCUAAAAUAUAUUUUGAAUGUUAUAUUAAAUGUAUUUUCUUCACUAAUAAAAUAAACAUUGACAAAA